GAAAACGGCGAGACGAUCUUUCUUCGAGUGGUGUGAUCGUUUCCGGUGAGAAAUGAUGAAAAUACUGAUGUGGUUUUUUUUCCGAAGUCGAUCACAAUACGAAUACCAUCACACCGUACCGCAUCGCAUCGCAUCGCAUCGCAUCGCACACCAACCGUUUCCUCCACUGUUUCCAUGAGAACGCCACUCUCCCUGCUGCAACCCACUCCACACGAGCAAGUGCUGUCGUUGUCGAGCGCUCACCCACCACUGCCAGCGGCGGUGUCGCCCGAUGGUUUUGGUUCCCAAACACACACCGCUGCUUCGGCCCUUGCGGACGCCGUAGCAGGAGGCUGGGGCAAGCACGGCCCCCUCCUGGCAUCGGCAGCGGACGCCGCGGCGAGCCCUUUUUCCCCCGGCAAGGUGUGGCUCUGGAGCCCCGAAACCGCGCUGGCCCCCCUCAACGGGGAAAGCGAGCAAUGGGUCCGGGUCCUGGUGUGGACGGACUUUCGGGUGGCCGUAGCGGUUUUUGUGGCCGCCCCCCUGCUGCUGCUGGGCCUGGCCGUUGCGGCCCGGGUGCCCCCCGGGGCCGGCCCGGACCGCCGGUCCGCUUUGGCCGAACCGGUCCUGCGGUACAUGACGAGCUACUGGCAGGCGUCCUCCCUGCUGCUGCUCACGGUGGGACUCAACCUCCAGGAAUCCCGGCUCGGCGUGCCCGCGGGCCUCCUGGCCCAGGCCAUGAUCCUCGUAAGCCUCUGGUGGUGGAGGGACCUUAGCGAGGAACUGGAAACCGCGGCGGCCGGGGAGGCCCCUCCGUCCGGGGGAAGGAAGGAUCCCGGGACCGGACUGGCACGCGCCUUUCUGGCCUGGAGGGCCGUGGCCACCCUAGCGGCGUUUGCCGGGGUGCUGGCCCAGCUCCCCUUCCAGCUCCCCUGCGGGGGGGAGGGCCCCCCGCUCCCGGACCGCCCGCUGUGCGCACCGUGGCUCGAGCCCCCCUUCUACGCGGCGUCCCUGGUCGCCGGCCCCAACGAAGCGGAAGCGCACGGGCUCGGGCUCUCCCUCGCCCCCGUGGUGGGGGCCGGCUGCCUCCUCUACGCCGGGGUGCUGGUCUACUACGCCGGGGUGCUGGUGCCCGCGGUCGGCCGCAGCGGGCGCGCCAAGCGGCCGGCGCUCGCGGAGGUGGCGACGCCCAUUGCCGCGUGGAAGGCCCUCGGGUUUCUCGACGAAGACGACGACGCUGGCUCCGGCGGGGAGGCCGCCGGCCGGUAGCGGGGCAGGGCACGGACCCUGGCACCGCGGCGGCGGCGGUUUGCGAUCCGCCGCCGGGUGCCUCUGCUCUGGCCACACCGUGUACGGUGCGGGGGGUCCCCGGCGGUGUCGCACCCGCCACGGACGACGACCCGGUGCCGAAUGGUGGGCUCUCGGCGUUUUCCAGAGGUGGUUGUCGUUUCGUUUCCGGGUGUGCCUUGCCGGGCUGCCGGCGCCCACCGUUUGUGUUGCAAACGAUGGAUGCCUGGACGGGUGCUGGUUUGGUUUGGGUCACGACCUUGAACUACUACUACUAGUAGUAGCUCCCGCUUGUUCCGCUUUCUCGCGGUGGUGCAAGGCAGGGAUUCGUUCCGGAUCGGUGAACAAGCCCGGACCGGUUGCACUUUUUCAUUCCAAUCACGAACCACCGUUCGUAGGUACAGCAAUCGACUACUGCUUCUGAGUGCAAGGGUGAGAGAGAACACGGUUUGUCCAAGUUGGACUACUUUUGACCGAGUUGGCAGAGUUUGAAUUUGAUUCGUUUCUUUGUUGGUGUUCGACAAAGCAUGCUAGUCCCUCUGAAUUACGGCCACGGCACUGGUCGCCAGCAGUUUGCAGUGCUGAUUAAUAUUUUGUCCCCACUAGUAAGCACUAACAGAUUGUCCAGAAGUAAGUUCGAAUGGAAAUUCUCAAGUAGUAAGGAAUGAAUGAAGUGGAGAUGU